AUGACAGCCUCUACGGCUCCACCGAGUCUCAACGGUGACACCAAUGUUGGAUCAAAUAACCACCGUCAACAAUCCGAUGUAUGGAAACAUGCUCCUGUGCUCAUUGGCACCACCAAAUUUGAGCCUCGUCCCGAUGUUAAGAACAUCAUGAUUACAGGCGGCGCUGGCUUCAUCGCUUGCUGGCUUGUCCGCCAUCUUACUCUGACAUAUCCACAUGCCUAUAACAUUGUCUCAUUCGACAAGCUAGACUACUGUGCCGCUCUCAACAACACGGGCAUUCUCAGUGAAUCGUCAAACUUUACCUUCUACCAUGGCGACAUCACUAAUCCGGCCGAGGUGGUUGACUGUAUGGAGCGGUACAAGAUUGAUACCGUUCUGCACUUUGCUGCCCAGUCGCAUGUCGAUCUAAGUUUCGGCAACUCCUAUGGUUUCACACAUACAAACGUCUAUGGGACUCAUGUUCUUCUUGAGAGUGCCAAGAAGGUCGGCAUUGGGCGCUUCAUUCAUGUCUCGACUGAUGAAGUAUACGGCGAGGUCAAAGAGGACGACGAUGACCUUCUGGAAAGCAGCAUACUAGCUCCUACAAACCCAUAUGCUGCCAGCAAAGCAGCAGCUGAGAUGUUGGUGCAGUCUUACCAGAAGAGUUUCAAACUACCAGCCAUAAUUGUUCGCAGCAAUAAUGUUUAUGGCCCUCAUCAAUACCCAGAGAAAAUCAUUCCCAAGUUUACAUGUCUCCUCAACCGCCAACGUCCGUUGGUCCUGCACGGGGACGGCACGCCCACGAGGCGUUACCUAUACGCUGGCGAUGCAGCUGACGCCUUUGAUACGAUUCUUCACAAGGGUCAGAUUGGUCAGAUUUACAACGUCGGCUCACACGAUGAGGUAUCCAACCUGGAGCUCUGCGGCAUGUUGCUUGAUCAAAUGAGAAUUCCACACGAUACGCCGGAGCAACUCCGCAAGUGGAUCAAGUACACUAGGGACAGGCCCUUCAACGACCGACGAUAUGCAGUUGACGGCACCAAGCUGAAGCGACUUGGUUGGGAACAGAAAGUGUCCAUCGAUGAGGGCCUCAAGAUCACAGUCGAUUGGUUCACACAGUUCGGAGAGUCCUGGUGGGGGGAUAUCAGCCACGUUCUCACGCCGUUUCCCACUGUGGCCGAUGGUGAGAUGGUCCCAGACGAUGCACGAUCGAUGCGUGACGAACCACACGAAUCGCAAGAGAUACGACAGGGCAGAUUACCGGAGCAGCAAGGGAAAAAAGAUGUCAAUGGGUGUCGAGAAGUGAAACAGAACGGAGAUGAUACGACGAAUGGGUUGCAUCAGAGCAGCAAUGGUAUCUAUCAAAUUGCUGCCUAA